AUGGAUCGCUCAAUAUUAAAAGUGCAUUUACCUAAUGGAGGAUUUAAUAUGGUCAAAUAUGGUGAUGCUACAGAUAUUAAGGAUAUAAUAAAACUGGUUGUGGGCAGGUUAGCUGCUGGUGUUAGAUUUUAUUCCAAAUGUUACGCCUUAAAACUUGUACAUACUCAGUCUCGGGGAGAGAGCUAUUGGUUACAUAAUGAUCUUACUAUGUAUCAAGUUCGUCAAAAAUACGAAGCAAAACACCCACCUGAAGAAUGGCGGACAGAGUUACGUGUUCGCUAUCUUCCAAAAAAUUUCCAAGAUUUAUACGCCAAAGAUAAAGUUACAUUCUAUUAUUUAUAUGAUCAGAUAAGAAAUGACUAUAUGAAAGAUAUAGCUGAACAUAUAGAUCAUGAUGUAGCUGUCCGAUUAGCUUGUAUAGAAAUGAGACGAUUUUUUAAAGACAUGCCUCAAGUGGCUUUAGAUAAAAAAUCCAACUUUGAUUAUUUAGAAAAAGAAGUUGGGUUAAAAAGAUUUCUCCCUAAAACAGUCAUUGAUACAAUGAAGUCUAAACAGUUAAGAAAAUUAAUCCAGCACCAUUUUCGACAAUACGCUCAAUUAACAGAAUCUGAAUGUGUUUAUAAAUUUUUUGAAACGUUAUUUAUUGUUAGUAAAUUUAAUCAAGAAAGAUUCAAAUGUGCUUUAGGGUCGGGCUGGAGUAUUUAUGUAGAAAUAGUAGUUGGUCCAGAGUGUGGAAUUAGUUACCUCACAGAAAAAGCUUCUUCUCCGACACAUAUGGCAGAUUUCGCUCAGGUUCAAUCUAUACAAACAGUAGGAAGUGAAGAUGGCAAGGGAAUAUUACAAUUAAAAAUAGCAGGUGCUAAUGAACCAUUAAUGAUAACUUGUGUCACCUUGGAUAUAGCUGAAGACAUGGCCGAUCUUAUAGAUGGAUAUUGUCGGUUAGUUCAUGAUAUGCAGGGAAGUUUGUGGUCUCGGAAAGCCUGCCUCCCAUAUGACCCUCAGACUCGGCAUGCUGGGCACUUCCACUGUAUGAAACAGACAUUUUCAUUACGAAUUUCGGAUUAUGCAGAAAUUGUUGAAGAUGAGGGUGAUUAUAGCACACCUGACGCAAAAGAUUAUGAGAUUAUCCGUGAUGCCAUUAGAUUAGUGGAAAUUUUAGGAGAAGGACAGUUCGGAGAUGUUUAUAAAGGAAUCUUUGUGGACAAGGAGAAACAGCAAGUACCAGUGGCAGUAAAAACAUGUAAAGAAGAUAAUGAGGAAUCCAUGACAGAAAAAUUUCUUGAAGAAGCUUAUAUAAUGCAACAAUUUGAUCAUCCUCAUAUAGUUAAAUUAAUUGGUAUUUGUUCUGAAGUUAGACCAGUAUGGAUAGUUAUGGAACUUGCUCGACAUGGAGAGAUGAGAGCCUAUCUACAGUCUAACAAACCCAGAUUAGAUUUAGUAACAUUGAUAAUGUAUGCUUAUCAACUCAGUACAGCCUUAUCAUAUUUAGAAAGUAAAAAAUUUGUACACAGAGAUAUUGCUGCUAGAAAUGUUCUAGUAUCAGCUCAUGAUUGUGUCAAGUUAGGCGAUUUCGGUCUUUCAAGAUGGGUAGAAGAACAGUGCUAUUAUAAAGCUUCCAAGGGUAAACUACCAAUUAAAUGGAUGGCUCCAGAAUCUAUCAACUUUCGAAGAUUUACUGCUGCUAGUGAUGUAUGGAUGUUUGGUGUUUGUAUCUGGGAAAUAUUAAUGUAUGGAGUAAAACCAUUCCAAGGUGUUAAAAAUAAUGAUGUUAUUGGUAAAAUAGAAAAUGGAGAAAGAUUACCUCUACCAAUAGAUUGUCCACCAUCUUUGUAUAAUUUAAUGUGUGCUUGUUGGCAAUAUGAACCUUCCAAACGACCUUCUUUUGCUGAUCUCAAAACGUGGCUAUAUGAAAUUGUUGAUGAAGAAAGAUUACGUCAAGAAGAAGAAAUGCAUCGUGGGAAUCGUAGAGUUCAGGCAAUUUCAUGGGGUUCCAAUGGGUCUGAUGAAGAUCCCCCUCCUAAACCAGCUAGACCAAUCUAUCCUAAUGGUACUAGUGGUAAUAAUAGUUUAAACUCUAGUAUAGCUAGUAUACCUAAUCAAUGGAAUAACUCUGCUAGUACACCUCUAGGUCACAGUACACCAGCAUCAGGACCAUCUCCUAAUGUUGAUGAGGAUAUCAGACCUCAUAGUCACAUAACAGAAAUAGAUGAAAAAUUAAUAGCAGAAAGAUUACGUCAACAACAAAGAGAUUCAGAAAUGGACAGUAAAUGGCUGCAAUCAGAGGAGAAAAAUCUUAAAUUUGCUACUCACAUGGUUCAAGGUGAUGAUGAUAAUGAUAGUACCAAAGAAAAUUCCCCACCCCCAUCAGCCCAAUAUCAAUUUCGUCAUGCUCCUGUUAGAAUAGCCAGCCAAUCAUCUAGUAAUGAAAGUAAUGAAUUGAACCAACUAGCAAGAUCUACUAAUGAUAUAGACCGUACUAAUGAUGGUGUAUAUGAUAGUACUACUAGUGUUGUCAGAUCUGUUAUGACUAUGACUAAGGAAGCACAGACUGGCAAAGCAGGAGAAUAUGUGGAAUUUGUUAAGAAAGUAGGACUGGAUCUGCGUGGUUUAUUAGCUAAUGUUGAUGCUGUAUUAACUAAAUUACCUAGUGACAAACAUCGCGAGAUACAAAUGGCCCAGAAGGUUUUGAGUACAGAUAUGGCAACUCUAAUUAGUACCAUGAAACUUGCCCAGCAGUACAGUAAAACCACAAUGGAUGUGGAAUAUCGUAAAGGCAUGCUCAAAGCAGCUCAUGUUCUCGCCAUGGACUCUAAAAAUCUUCUUGAUGUAGUUGAUAGUGCACGCUUAGAAUCAGGUGUUUUCAGCUGA